AUGACUGUGGAAUUUACUCCUUUAAUUAUUGAUAGUAAUCAUUUAUCCGAUUGUAAGAAAAUCAUUAGAGAAAGGAUUAUCCCUUGGGAAGGGUUAGCAAGAGCAGAUGUCAUUAGCGAAGAUGAUGCGAACCUUAUCAAGAUAUUAGAGAAGCAAUCACCAGAAAACAAGAGAUCUACUGUUUUAUCUGAGUUACAAUUAUACACCAAUACUAUAUUAAAUUUAUUGAAUAAAUUAGAAAUCAAUUCGAGAGAUGAUGUAUUGAAAAAUGUUUUGGUAUUGAUUAAUGACCUAUUAAUGGAAUUGCCUAACCAAGAAUUUAUUGACUCGUCAUUGGCUUUAAAUAAAUUGGAUCAAUCAUUACCAUUUUAUCCCUUUUUAAAGCAUACACAGAACAAUGACAUAAUUAUUAAGGCUUUGUGUUUGUACAAUUUGACUAUAUUAUUGACUAAGGCAAAUUACCGAGCGAGACAUCUCAAGGUCGAUAAGGAGAUUUUAAUACAAAUUUUCGAGCUCUUAUCGUCAGAUUCCUUUAUUGGUAAUAGCCAAGAUUUAAAUUUGCAAAUAAUCGGUAUCCAGUUAUUACAAGAAUUGGUAAUCUUAAAACCAUUCAAACAGGUUUAUCAAGAGACUCAUUUGGUUGCGAACUUUAAACCAAUUAACCAAUUAAUUGCGUUUCAAAUUAAAAGGCCAAAUUCAUCAAAUUUACAAUUACUCUAUAACUUUUUAUUAACCACUUGGAUCUUAUCGUUUAGUCCACAAAUCAACCGUGUUUUGGUACAUCAUUAUCCAGAAUUAAUUGGUAGUCUCUUGACAAUUUCAAAAGAUUCGAUCAAAUUGAAAAUCGUUAGAAUGUCUGUUUCGAUUUUAAAAAAUUUUAUCUCCUUGGCAGUAUCUAGUAAUGAACAAUUUAAGACCAUCAAAUUGGUAUUAUUCCAUGAUGGGUUGAAUUCAAUCAAACUUUUGCAAGAAAGAAAAUUUGCCUCUAAUGGUAGUGACGAAGAAUUAUCUAAUGAUUUGAAUUAUUUGUAUGACACUUUGUCGGAAAUUGUGAAUAAUAAGUUAACAUCAUUCGACGAGUAUUUGACGGAAUUAGAGAAUCCGAAUUUGAUCUCGUGGUCUUCUCCAACUCACAAAUCAGAACAAUUUUGGAUAAACAAUUCGGGAAAAUUCAAAGAUUCUUCUUUUAAGUUAACAAAGAAAUUAUUUGACACCUUAUCUUCAAGCAAUCAGAAUGAUGCUAUAAAGGUUGUUUUAUUGAAUGAUUUGCAAUGUUUAAUUAAGAACUUAGGGGAUGACAUCAUUAACUUCAUUAAUAAUGAGAAGAAUGGUCAGUACAAAAUGUUAAUCAUGAAUUACUUAGAAGGUAGUAGUGAUAAUAAUGAAUUAAAAUAUGAGGCUUUGAAAACAAUUCAGUUGUUAGUCGGUCAUAACUUUUAG